AUGGAGAAACAAUUUGAACGUAUUCAUACAAAGAAAGGGAACUACAGUAAGUCACUAGUUUCAAACCAAGAAGAUGUAGAUGAUUUAGCAACCUUGGAGGUACUGGAUGAGAAUACAGUGACAGAGCAGUUGCAGAAGAGUUAUGCCAAGGAUCAGAUCUACACAUAUGUUGGGGACAUCCUCAUAGCUGUCAAUCCAUUUCGGAAUGUAGACAUUUAUUCUUCACAGCAUUCCAAACUGUAUAUUGGAGCCAAACGGACUGCCAACCCUCCUCACAUUUUUGCUGUUGCUGACAUUGGUUAUCAGUCCAUGGUGACAUACAACUCUGAUCAGUGCAUCGUUAUUUCUGGGGAAAGUGGAGCUGGCAAGACACAAAGUGCCCAUCUUCUGGUUCAGCAGCUCACUGUCCUGGGCAAGGCUAAUAACAGGACUCUACAGGAGAAAAUCCUCCAGGUGAAUAACCUUGUAGAAGCAUUUGGAAAUGCAGGCACUAUCAUCAAUGAUAACUCCAGCAGAUUUGGAAAAUAUUUGGAAAUGAAAUUUACUUGUGGUGGCACUGUAGUAGGAGCUCAGAUUUCAGAGUACCUCCUUGAAAAAUCCAGAGUUGUCCACCAGGCAGUAUAUCUGCAAAACGAUCAUUUCAGAAUAGUGCAAGACUUUAUGAACAACAGCUUUUAUAAGUCGCAGUUUGAAUUAAUUGAACAGUGCUUCAAAGUCAUAGGUUUUACACUGGAGGCAGACGAGCUGCAAGAGGCGCUCACCUCUCACUGUGUAGUGACUCGAGGAGAAACAAUUAUUCGUCCCAAUACUGUGGAAAAAGCCACUGAUGUCAGAGAUGCCAUGGCCAAAGCUCUCUACGGGCGCCUGUUCAGCUGGAUAGUCAAUCGCAUCAACACUCUUCUCAAACCUGACAAACAUUUAAGUGGAAGUGAUGAUGGUUUGAAUAUUGGAAUUCUUGAUAUCUUUGGCUUUGAGAAUUUCAAGAAGAAUUCUUUUGAACAACUCUGUAUCAACAUUGCCAAUGAACAGAUUCAGUUCUACUUCAAUCAACACGUCUUUGCCUGGGAACAGAAUGAGUACCUGUAUGAAGGUGUUGAUGCAAGAGUUAUAGAAUAUGAGGACAACAGGCCGCUCUUAGAUAUGUUCUUGCAGAAACCAAUGGGCUUAUUAUCCCUGCUUGAUGAAGAAAGUCGAUUCCCACAAGCAACAGAUCAGACACUUGUAGAAAAAUUUGAGGAUAAUUUGAAGUCAAAGUAUUUUUGGAGACCCAAAAGAGUAGAUUUAACAUUUGGGAUUUAUCAUUAUGCAGGAAAGGUUCUGUAUAAUGCAAGUGGAUUCCUGGCCAAAAAUAGAGAUACUCUGCCAGCUGAUAUUGUGCUGCUUCUGCGAUCAUCUGAAAACAAUCUGAUACGACAGUUGGUAAUGCAUCCUCUUACAAAAACAGGUAACCUGGCACACAGUAAAAGCAAAACUACAAUCAGUUACCAGAUGUGGACCCCCCAGAAAUCAAUCAGUCGCACAAAGCUGGAUAUCUUUGUGUUGUGCAAUUCAUAUUCCUUCCGUGAGAGAAUGACCACAAUAGCAGUGGUCCACAAUAACAGGUUCUCAGACAUUGUCAAGUACUCACUCAUGGAUUUGUUAUCCAAAAUGGUGGUUGGCCAGCCUCAUUUUGUCCGGUGCAUCAAGCCAAACAAUGACCGGCAGGCAAACAAGUUUGAUAAAGAAAAAGUGCUGGUUCAGCUGCGUUACACAGGAAUUCUGGAGACAGCAAGGAUUCGAAGACAGGGUUAUUCGCACCGCAUACUCUUUGCUAACUUCAUAAAACGGUAUUAUCUCAUCUGUUACAAAACAAAUGAUGAUCCUCCAGUCAGCCCAGAAACUUGUGCUGCCAUCUUGGAAAAAGCCCACCUUGACAACUGGGUUCUUGGAAGAACUAAAGUAUUUCUCAAAUACUAUCACGUGGAACAGCUGAAUUUAAUGCGCAAAGAGACAGUUGAUAGGAUUAUAUUGAUUCAAGCUUAUGUCAGAGGAUGGCUGGGCUCAAGGAGAUACAAAAAGAUAAAGGAACAAAGGGAACGAAGCGCUAUUAAAAUACAAUCAGCUUACAGGGGUUUUGUUGCUCGCAAAGAAUACCAGAAUGCAAAACAUAAUAAAAAAAUUGAAAAAUACAUCAUCAGACUUCAAGCAACAAUACAAAACUCCUCUUCUGGUUUGAAAACAGUGUUGAGACAGCUACUGUCUCAAAAGAAAGGUUUCAGCCAACUUCAAAGAGAAUCUCUUAGAAAGAAAGAAACUGAGAAUGCAGCAUCCUCUAGCGAAAAGGAAAAGGACAAAGAACUUCAAGAAAAUGAGGAACGUACAGCUAGAGUGAAGAGUGCCCUUCCUAAAACAGAAGAAGAAGCAGCUAUCGUUGUUCAAAGCAAUUACAGGGGCUACAGAGCCCGUAAAAAAAUAAAGGAAGAAUGCAAAAAAAUAGCAGAGGAAGAAUUAUCUGUUGUGGAAUAUCUUGAAGCACAGCUGCAGCCAGCUGAAGAUGUUACACUGGAAGAAGCAGAGAAUGAGGAGACUCAAGGAGAAGGUGUUGAUGAUAAUGAGCACACUGGGAAUGGUGACAUAGGAAAUGUACAGGAGCAAAAGGUAAUAUCUACUAAAGAGAGAGCUUCUGUGAAGCAGAGGCCUGCAGUAGAGCAUUCUGAUGAAGGUGAAGAACAGGCAUCCUCGAAGGAAUCAUCCAGCAAAGCUUCUGUCAAAAUCACAGCUGAACCUGGUCCCCAGCAGGAGCAAGCUAACCAAGACAGGCUCAGCGCAGAUGGGCAAAAUCAAGAAUCUGCUGUGGUCCAGCCUGAGACCAACAAGGAUAUGGAAAGAAAUGAUCUAAAACAAGAAAUGAUACCUACAGGAUGUAAAGGAAUUGUAAGAAAAGAGUCUGUAAGAGGUUCACAGAAGCAAACUGAAGCAGAACAACAAAGUUUAGAGGACAAAGAGAAAGCAGCAGUGGUUAUUCAGAGCAAUUACCGGGGUUACAGAAGGAGAGGACAACUCAGAAAAGAAGGGAAAUUACCUUGCAAAAGUCAAGAGAACACUGCAAAGGAGUCAACAGAAGCAGUACACAUUCAAAAUAAAGAUCCCCAAACAAAAAAAAAUAAGGAAAGCAGUGUGACAGAGGCUGAGGGCUCUAAGACACAGAAGGGAGGAUCUGAAAAAGAGACUUGUGAUUUGGCAGCCUUUUCACGGCAGAUAUCAAAAUUAUCUGAAGACUACUUAGCAUUGCAGCAAAAAUUAAAUGAAAUGAUAUUGUCACAUCAGCUGAGACCUGUGAUGAUGUCCAAAGAUAAGCAAACUAACAACCAACAUUCUGCUCAUGUUUGUCAGUCAGUUACAGCCAAAGUAGAAGACACUCGCCCCCUGAAAAGACCCCCAAGGAGGCCGCGGAAGCCCAAGACAUUAAAUAACCCUGAAGACUCCACCUACUACACUUUAAUACAUAAAUCAGUACAAGAUGAAAAACGGAAACCAAGAAAAGAAAGUCUGGGCAAGGUGCUAGAUUUAGAUAUCUACUACCAUGAAAUUUCAUCUACUGGUUCCACCUCAAAGGACAGCAGCUCUACCACAAAAAGGAGGAGACAUCCCGUCGAGCGCAGAACUUCAACUUUAAGAACUACUGAGAGGUCAAGGGUUGCGGAGAGCUCCCUGGAAGAAAGCAGAGCAGAAGAUAAUCCCUAUGACUACCGGAGGCUGCUGCGGAAGACCUCGCAGCGCCGGCGCCUUAUCCAGCAGUUCUAG